GAUAAGCUUGCUUCCGAAAUCUCGCCAGAUGCAGCCCUUCAUGCACCGCAACUUAACUCAAAUUCACUUAUAAAUUCUCAUACAAAUCCCCGCAAAUUCAACACAACAUUCCUCUUAUCUUUUUUUCUCCUAAGCUUUAACCAAAGAUGGAGAUUCAGCUGGAGCAAGAGCAGCCAUCGUCGCAGUCUUAUAAAAAGAUUGUAAUGGUGGCUUCUAUUGCCUCCGGGGUCCAGUUCGGCUGGGCGCUUCAGCUGUCUUUACUCACUCCUUACGUUCAGCUUCUCGGAAUCCCUCACAAAUGGGCUUCCCUCAUUUGGCUCUGCGGCCCCGUCUCCGGGAUGCUCGUGCAGCCGAUUGUUGGCUUCCAUAGUGAUACAUGCACGUCCCGUUUCGGCCGCCGCCGGCCCUUCAUUGCGGCCGGGGGUAUUCUUGUCGCCAUUGCCGUCUUCCUCAUCGGCUUCGCUGCCGAUUUGGGACACCUGUUCGGAGACUCAAUGACCCGGGAGAUCAAACCCCGGGCUAUUGCCAUCUUCGUUCUCGGGUUUUGGAUCCUAGACGUGGCGAACAACACGCUUCAGGGCCCCUGCCGGGCGUUUCUGGCGGAUCUUUCCGGGAAUAGCUACAAGAAAACUCGUGCUGCUAACUAUUUUUUCUCCUUCUUCAUGGCCGUCGGUAACGUUCUCGGCUUUGCCGCCGGCUCCUACACUCGCCUCUACCACAUGUUCCCGUUUACAAAAACAAAAUCUUGUGAUUCCUACUGCGCGAAUUUAAAGACGUGUUUCAUCCUCUCCAUAACACUCCUCUUAACGCUAACAACGGCGUCGCUGAGUUACGUACGCGACAGCCCCUGGUCACGGGAAAAUGCUGGAAACAAAGGAUCCGGCGAAGAAAAAGUCGGAGAGGAGUCGUCAAAAGUGCCGUUUUUCGGAGAAAUCUUUGGCGCCUUAAAGGGUUUACAAAAACCCAUGCGGAUUCUUCUUCUGGUGACGGCACUCAACUGGAUCGCAUGGUUCCCGUUCUUGCUGUUUGAUACAGACUGGAUGGGGCGGGAAGUUUACGGCGGGAACUCGAAGGGGAACGCGGAGGAGCUCAGAAUGUACAACGCGGGCGUGCGGGCAGGAGCCUUGGGUUUAAUGCUAAAUGCCGUCGUUUUGGGGCUGACGUCUCUCGGGGUUGAGUUUUUGGCACGUGCGGUUGGUGGGGUGAAGCGGCUGUGGGGGAUUGUAAAUUUUUUACUGGCGUUUUGUUUGGCCAUGACUCUUUUGAUCACCAAAUUGGCGGAAUCGAAUCGGCGAGAGGUGGCCGCAGCGAACAGUGCCGCCACCGGCCAUAUUUUGCCACCUCCGGUUGGUGUUAAAGUUGGUGCUUUGGCCAUCUUCGCUGUGAUGGGGAUCCCACAAGCAGUUACAUUCAGUGUUCCAUUUGCUUUAGCAUCCAUAUUCUCCAAAUCUUCUACUGCUGGCCAAGGGCUUUCCUUGGGAGUUCUUAACCUUGCUAUAGUUAUUCCUCAGAUGUUGGUGUCUGUAAUUGGAGGACCCUUUGAUGCUCUAUUUGGAGGUGGCAACAUCCCCGCUUUCAUUGCCGGAGCUGUCGCUGCUGCAGCAAGCGGCAUUGUGGCACUCACCAUCCUGCCAUCGCCGCCGCCAGAUGCUUCAGCAGCUGAAACUCCAGUGGUUGGAUUUCAUUAAAUAUAUGUGGGUUUUAGAUUUAGUUGAAGCUAGCAGAAGAAAGCCUUUGUUUUAGUUGAAGCUCGCAGAAAAAUAAAAUUAAUGAGCAUUGUGGUAUCACAAUGCGAAAAAAGGGGAUAAAAAUUUUGUUAUAACAUCGGUAGAGAUGCUGUCUUCGAUUGCAGUGCAAGCUAACCAUAAGUUUGUCUUUGUUUGGCAAAGUUCUGAAUUUAAUGCAUGGCUAGCUUCUUUGGUUCA